AUGGUAAGGGGAAGCCGACACACAUUAGGUUUCUUGUGUCAAAUACUGCAGCUGGCUGUAUUAUUGGAAAGGGUGGAUCAACAAUUACUGAAUUUCAGUCACUGUCUGGAGCUCGUAUUCAGUUAUCACGUAGUCAUGAAUUUUUUCCAGGAACAUCUGAUAGAAUAAUCAUGAUUUCUGGAAUGCUUAGCGAAGUAAUAAAGGCAAUGGAAUUGAUCUUUGAAAAAUUGCUGACCGAGGCAGAAGAGAGUAAUGAUCUUGAAAGUGCACCAAAAGUGAGGCUUGUUGUUCCAAAUGGUUCAUGUGGUGGAAUAAUUGGCAAAGGGGGAUCGACAAUAAAGUCAUUUAUUGAAGAUUCCCGGGCUGGCAUUAAGAUAUCACCUCAGGAUCAUACUUAUGUUGGGUUGAAUGAUAGGCUAGUUACAUUGACUGGGUCUUUUGAGGAACAGAUGCGAGCUGUCUAUCUUAUAUUAUCGAAGUUAAUAGAAGAUGCUCAUUAUCCACAAACUUUAAAUUCACCAUUUCCAUAUGCAGGUGCUAAUUUUCCAGGUUAUCCCAGUGUACCUGUGGGCUAUGUGAUCCCUUCAGUAGCAUACAACACAAAUUAUGGACCAAAUGGACUGGGGGGAAAAUACCCAAAUAACAAGAGUAUGAUGCCACAAGCAAUUCCCACAAGGCCACCUGUGGGGUCUCAUGAAGGCCAAAGCAGCUCAGUCACAAUUGGUGUUGCUGAUGAGCAUAUUGGUGCUGUUGUUGGUCGUGGGGGAAGGAACAUAACGGAGAUCAGUCAGGUUAGUGGAGCUAGAAUUAAGAUAUCAGAUAGAGGUGAUUUCCUUCCUGGCACCUCGGAUAGGAAAGUAACAAUCAGUGGAUCACUGGAAGCAAUUCGGGCUGCUGAGGCUAUGAUUAGGCAAAAGGUUUCAUCUAAUUCUGAGAGGUGAUACAUGUUGACCAAUAAGUUCUGUGCAAUUCAGGUGGUUGCUGCAAUUGCACCCAUGCUAGAUCUGUACAUCAAUUAUUCUGCUGGAUUAGAUUCGUUAGACUAAUGUUGUGGUAGAGUUUUUCUGGGUACAAAGGUGUUUACAAGGCCUGUAGUUAAUGAUACAAAGGGAAAGAUAAAGUGUAUGUUUCUGAUAGCCCAGGAUGAGUGCCUUCUGCACAACAGUUUUGUUGGGCAUCUGCAAAGAAAAGGAAAAGUGGCUUUCCGAAACAGAAGUUACAUUUUGGUGUCUGUGGCCGGAUUCAACUGUAACAUACUGUCUUGACCAUUUUGAUUAACAGAGGUGUAGUUGAUAUGCUCUUCCAUGCAGCAUGAAUUCUUUAUCA